CGAAGGGAACCGAAGGGAACCAUGGAUUAGGAACCACGGAUCUUUCGGAGCACGGCCGGAGAUGCGGUGCCAGGAUGAGUUGCGGACCUUUCUGCAAUGUCUCAUGAUGCCGCCAUCACCGGCGUCGAAACCGGUGCCUUCCAAAACGUGCAAGAGGGAAGCUCCCCGAGCACAUCUAAGGUUGGAUCUUCCAUUCGACCACGCCUUGGAGACGCUCACGGCACGUGUCGUUCAGGCAGAGAUGCCGGUGAAAGCACCGGUCUCCGGUCAAGCUGAAGGCCCAAAGUUGAGGCGACCUUCAAGUUCGAAUCGAGGUGGACAUCGACAGAAGCGGGCGCGCAGUGCUGUUGGCCGAAAGGUCUUCAACAAUCCCUUCGCUCAGUGGACUCGUGUACCACCGGAAUCGGUGGGAGUGAUAUACCGCAGAAGUGCCUCUCCGGAUGGCUCCAGUCGAGGUCCUUCUCCAAAGCGGGAAGCAUGGGGAAGCGAAGGCAAAGAAACAUCGGAGUCGAAGCCAGGUGACACUGAUAUCAACGCAGAUGAAGUUGACGUCCUACGUCCCAGACUUUAUCCAAAAGCAUCAAAGCGAGGCAGCAGCAAGCCGUACAUCAACCAAGCCCGAAGUUCAAGCAGAAGCAGGCAGAAAAACUUCGCACAAAGCUUUGCGAGACGAGGAAGUGAUAACAGCUCUGUUUCUGGUCUUUCUGCAGGAUUUUCCCGAAGGACCAGCGAAAACGCUCCAAACGCUCCGCUCGAACGGAAGAGAUCCAAAGGGAGCCAGGUCAACCAAGCAAUCGCAGGUCUGUUUGGCGUGCCAGAGAUGCCAGAGGUCAAAGUCGAGGAGGAGAACAGAUCAAAGGACUUCACUGAGCAAGCGCUCAGCACGAAGCUCAGCUUGCCCUUGGAGGUGGCCAAGCAGGCUGCUGAAUGCUUCAGAAACCAUGCACAAUGUGAGCCCAGCGACCGGCCGGACCUCUGGCGAUUGAGACGAUCUGACUUUGAAAAUGUCCUGUGCGAACUUUGUUCCGUCGGUCAAGUUGGAGAACUUCCGAUUUACUUCGUGAGUCAGGUCUUCCGCCUGGCAGAUAUGACUCGAAGUGGAGAUUUGGACUUGGAGGAAUUUAUAUCCUGGUAUGCCACGUUCUCUUUUUCGGAGGAACUCCUUCUAGGAAAAUCCACCAAGUCCGUUCGCGACGUUGCUCGGAGAAUGGGUAUCAACUUACUCGACAUCGAGCGCUACAAGAAGGUUUUUGACAGCUACGAUACCAACAAGAGCGGUGUACUUGAGAUUGGUGAGUUUCGGCAGCUGCUGAACCGGCUGUUGAAGGUACCUGCAGGACAUCACCUUCCGAAUUCGCAAGUGAAGAGCUUUUGGACCAUGGCAGACCGAAAUGGCAACGGUGUGAUUGAUUUUCCAGAGUUCUGCAAGUUCUACUUGAGAAAUUUGGUGAAGAAUGGAGAGGAUUACCAACUGAGCGAUAUGUACAGAGGCAUUCGCAACGUUUCCGUCGGGCCGUCGGGUCGCCCCAUCGCCAGCUGACCAGCGGGAUUUACCUGGAUGUACCUGGCAAUAUCUGGCAUCACUUGGCAAUCCAUAUUGCCCA